GUUGACUGUUACUAGACAUGCAGCAUCUGUUGAUCCAUCGCGCUGCUCCGCCUCGCCCCCAGUUUGGCACUCAUCGUCCAGCCACGGGAUCGCCAACGUUCGAAAGGCAGUUUUGCGUGAGAUCGACGGGUGCUUAGCGUAUAAGGCUGCUGUCGUCUCUCUCACUGUCUCUCACUCUCUCUCUCUCUCUCUUGCUAUAUGAGGAAGAGUAGAAGGUCGUGUGUUUGGCCAGGGAGUGAUAGGAUGUGAUAUAAGCCCAGCAUAUACCUACCUACUACCGUCUUUUCUUCCAGACAAGAUACCAUUCCAACAUAUAUAUACACACACAUACACACAUACGCCUUCAAACCACCACCUAUUCUAUAAAUCAUCGUUCCAAAGAAACUCUCACCACAACAACAACAACAACGACAACAACAAAAAAUGGCCCUCCUCCUCCCCCCACCCCUCCUCUUCACCCCCGCCCUCCUCCCCCGCACCCUCUGCCUCGCCACCUUCCCGCCCGCCCUCCUCCUCCUCAUCCUCCACGGCAUCCUCAGCGAAAGCGUCAACCCCGCCCUCGGCCUCAUCCCCCUCGCCUUCUCCGCCCUCCUCAGCGCCGCCAUCCUACACUCCGCCCAACAACAACAAUCCCGCCGAAGCUGCAACUGCAACUGCAAUGGCGGCAGUCUAGCCGGACACCCCGCCGUCCUAAUCGCCGACGUCCUCGCCGCAACAGGCCUGCUGCUAGAGUGGAUACUCACCCUCGUGUUUAUGCCGCGGUGGGCGUGGCCGAUGCUAGGGACGUAUUGUACGUGGUUCCUGCUCCUGAAUCUAACAUGCCACGCCUCCCUCGUCCUAAAGCACUGUCUCGACGCCCUCUCCGGCACGCCCUACUACCCUCCAAGCUGCCCGCAGUGCCACUUUGCGCCGCUGUCGCGCUUUCGCGGUUCCGGUCGCGUGUUUCUGAGCACGCUUCAUCCGGCAUACCAGCCCCUUAUCGUUCCGGAUGGCACAGACGAAACAGAGGGCGUAGAGCACGCGGAGGAUGAGGGACAGCAACAGCAGGAGUAUGGUGCGUACCAGGACGUGGUGUCCGAUCCUAGCGGCGGCGGCUCUGGAGGGCAAGGGGGUAAGAGCGGCGGCAGCAACGGAGGUGGUAGGGGGGGUUCGGCAGAGGAGCAAGUCUGA